AUGAGAUGUAAUUCUGCUAAAUUAUUCAGCCAUCCUGAUGUUGUUGCUGAGAGGGGCUAUGGUGUUGAGAAAGCAUUUGGCCCCGACAUUGUUGAUGCACAUUACAAGGCAUGCCUGCUUGCAGGCAUCAACUUUAGUGAUAUCAACGGAGAAGUGAUGCCAGGCCAGGUUGGACUUUUAGUCUGUAUCUCUUCUGGAGAUGAAUUAUGGGCUGCUGGGCACAUCUUAGAGAGGAUUAUUGAUGUUGCAGGAGUUGUGCUUCCAUUUGAUCAUAAGCCUUUUCAGUUGAUAUAUUUGUCUUAUAGCACUCGAAAAAUUCUUCACAUUUUCAGCACUAAAUCUAUGAGAAAUAAAGGAGGCUAUGAAGUCAUCAAGAAAGCAAUUGAAAAGCCUGGUCUGAGGCAUAUCGGACAGAUUGCAGCCAGUGUAGAAGGGAAUGGGCAGAGAGUUGCUGCCGACACCAAACAUCUGACAUUAAUACUUUCAAAUGGGGUGUUGCUGAUCGUGGGGCUUCCAUUCAUGUUUAACAAUGAAUAA